AUGAAAGUCUUCACCUCAAAGCUGUGCACCACUCUGCACACCCCUGAAUUUGAGUUCCACGGGGGCGCACAGUCCCAACACUAUGAGUGUCCCGAGAGACGCGAAGCAAUCCUCAAGUACCUUGAAUCUCAUUCUGACUCGUUUGAGGUUACCGAGCACGUGGAGGAUUUUGGCUACGAGCCCAUCAAGCGCGUCCAUAAGCAGGGCUUUCUGAACUAUCUGGAGACGGCGUAUGACGAGUGGAUUCUCGAGGGUGGUCACCCGAAUGGUGUCAUGCCUUCAACGAUACCCCAUUAUAGGCUCGCACGAUUGGGAGGACAGACGCCUACGAAUAGUUUAACGAAUGCUGGAGAAUAUUGCUUCGACAUGUCGGCCGUGAUCACCAAGGAUACUUUUAAGGCUGCCUGGAAUGCGGCACAGGUGACUUUGACGGCGACCAAGGAUCUGGUGCGAGUUGCUGACCAAUAUGAGAAAGGACUCGCAGCUGGGACGAUCGUGUCGCGCGAGGCGCCUCCUGGUCUUUACGCACUCGUGCGUCCGCCUGGUCAUCAUGCCCAGUCGGACCUCUGUGGAGGGUACUGUUUCCUGAAUAACGUGGGGAUCGCGGCCCAGUGGUUGAUUGAUCGACCUGAACUGAGACACAAAGAUGGCCGACCCAAGAAGGUUGCCAUCAUUGACAUUGAUUUUCAUCAUGGCAAUGGAACGCAAGAAUUGUUUUACAAGACAUCCAACCCUCUCUAUGCGUCCCUCCAUGGCCGUGACGCCUACCCUCAUUUCACAGGCGCAGCAACUGAAAGAGGCGAGGGCGAAGGUCUGGGCUUCAGCAUCAACGUUCCUCUGCCUCGUUCGACAAGCGACGACGAGUAUGUCGAGGCACUGGAGAAGCUGAUCCAAGAGCACAUCAUUCCUUAUGAUGCCGACUAUAUCAUCAUCUCGCUUGGCGUGGACACGUUUAAGGAUGAUCCCAUCGCCGGAUUUUUGGUCACGUCGGAGGCAUACCCCAGAAUCGGAAAUGCGAUUAGAAAGAUUGGGCUGCCAACGUUGUUUGUCCAAGAAGGAGGGUAUUGCGUUGAGAAGUUGGGACUGAACGUGGGAGGCAUUCUUCAAGGAUUCUUGGGCAAAGUGGCCGCAUAA